UGUCUGCAAACCAGUCCAUCCUGUUUAAUCAAAUUCCGUUAAUUUCGCGUGAGUCUGCGGAUAGCAUAUGUCUCAGAGGCCUACCGUCCCCCACUCUUCCUCCAUCGCCUUCAGCCUCCAUUCCCAUCUCCUCGUCUCCAGUGAGAUGAACCCUAAUUCCAACUGGCCCUCUUAAUCAUCAUUAAACUUUCUAAUUAUUCCUUUUAACUGGAUUUUGGGAACGACAAACAAAAACCACCCCUUUGUUCUUAUUUUCCGUUUCUUCCCCGAGAAAAUUCGACAUGGGUGUCAAAGGUUUUGUUGAAGGAGGCAUCGCUUCCAUCAUCGCCGGCUGCUUCACCCACCCUCUUGACCUCGUCAAGGUCCGAAUGCAGCUCCAGGGCGAAACCCACGUCUCGAACCCGGCUAAGCAGACAGUGCGCCCGGCUUUUGCUUCCGUCCACACAGCCGCCAGACGCGGCUCCAUCCCCCUCGCCCCACCACAGCCUCCUGCGGUCCGUGCCGGUCCAAUCACUGUUGCGGUUCGCAUAAUUCAGCAAGAAGGCGUCUCCGCCAUGUUCUCUGGCGUCUCCGCCACCAUGCUCCGGCAGACUCUCUACUCCACAACCCGAAUGGGCCUCUACGACAUUCUCAAGCAAAAAUGGACCGACCCGACAACCCGCAACAUGCCACUCCCCCGCAAAAUCACAGCAGGAUUGAUCGCCGGAGCGGUCGGCGCCGCAGUCGGAAACCCUGCCGACGUGGCCAUGGUCCGAAUGCAAGCAGACGGGCGUCUCCCGGCUGCUCAGCAGCGUAACUACAAGAGCGUGGUGGACGCCAUCGGCCGCAUGGCCAAGCAAGAAGGGGUGACGAGCCUUUGGCGAGGGUCGUCGCUGACGAUCAACCGCGCGAUGCUGGUGACAGCGUCGCAGCUGGCAUCGUACGAUCAGAUUAAGGAGACGAUCGUGGACAAAGGGAUUAUGCGCGACGGGCUCGGGACCCACGUAACGGCGAGCUUCGCAGCGGGGUUCGUGGCGGCGGUGGCGUCAAACCCGGUCGACGUGAUCAAGACUAGGGUGAUGAAUAUGAAGGUGGAGGCCGGGGCUGAGCCGCCGUACUCGGGGGCGUUGGAUUGCGCCCUCAAAACGGUGCGUUCGGAGGGCCCCAUGGCGCUUUAUAAAGGCUUUGUGCCUACGAUUUCGCGGCAAGGGCCUUUUACCGUUGUGCUGUUUGUGACGCUGGAGCAGGUACGCAAGCUGCUCAAGGAUUUCUGAACGUACGGUUCAGAAAGUGGACGGUGGUGAUUGCAUUCGAUAUGAUGACGAAAAAAAGUACUUUCUAGGGGAAGAAAUCCCCUCCGAAUCUCUUACACCAAAGCUCACCAAUUAAUCCGGAUCCCUGAACUUUGAUCAAACGGCUAUAAACAGGAAACUUCUUUAAAAGUUAUAAUAAUUUAAGUCGUUGGAUCAAAUUUCAAAGAUCUAGAUUAAUUGAUUCGUGAGCUUUGGUGGGAGAGAUCCGGAGGGGAUCUCUUCUCACUUUCUAGAAUAUGGGCAUGUGUCUUUUUUUUUUUAUAAUUAUUAUUGUUUAAAUUCCUUUAGAUUGGGAAGGAAUUAACUUAAUUAAGAGGUCAUUAGCAAAAACACAAAAACAAAAGUAAUAUAUUAAGAUGCAAUAUUGAUUCUAAGCAAUGUGCCAUAUAAUAAACCUAGGUACUUGUGUAUUUGAUUGUAUUUCAAUCCUCUUUAUGUUUAUCGGAUUGUUAAAUUUACGAUAUAGAGUGAUGGGUUGAUUCUA